AUGGGUAACGAAGUUUUGCCUUUUUUGAUAAUGGUGAUGGUGCAAGUUGGCUAUGCAGGAAUGAACAUUGUUGGAACACUUGUCAUGGAUGCUGGAAUGGACCCUUUUGUCCAUAUUGCUUAUCGCCAAAUAAUUGGAACAAUUUCCCUUGCUCCCUUUGCUUAUUUCUUCGAGUGGAAAACUAAGCCGCAGUUGACAUCAUCUAUUCUUUUCUGGAUUUUCUUAUGUUCUUUUUACGGGUUAACCGUGAGUCAAAUAGCAUACUUCGUUGGGUUAAAGAAUUCCACUCCUACUAUCGCCUGUGCAUUAUCAAACUUAAUUCCAGCAGCCACUUUUCUCCUGGCUAUCCCUUUUGGGUUGGAGAAAGUGGGGUUUAGAAGUAAGGCAGGGCAAGCCAAAGUGUAUGGUACAAUAAUAUGUGUUGGUGGUGCCAUGUUAUUGUCUUUGUAUCAUGGACCUAUUAUAAUUGGUCAAUCUGGCAUCCAUUGGAAAUUUGCUGAAAAUACUGAGAAAAAGAAUUCUACUGGCCAUGUCAACUUAAUCUUGGGACCUUUAUUGCUUAUUGUUAGCACUAUUUCUUAUUCAUUGUGGAUUAUUUUUCAAGCAAGAGUGAGCGAGAAGUAUGCAGCUCCAUACACAAGUACAAUGCUAAUGUGCUUAAUGGCAAGUUUUCAAUGUGUGAUAAUUGGGUUUUUUGUGGUGCAUGACAAAGCUGCUUGGUCUCUAGACCGUAUGAGAACUAUUGCCGUUCUUUACAAUGGAAUUGUAUGUACUGCGUUAGGAUAUUGUCUAACUUCAUGGUGUAUACAAAGAAAAGGUCCUCUCUAUGUCUCAGUUUUCUACCCUUUAAUGUUAAUCAUAACGGUCGUUCUUAGUUGGACUUUGCUUCGUGAGAAACUAUAUCUUGGAACAGUUGUAGGAUCGUUCUUGACAGUAGUGGGAUUCUAUGGUGUCCUAUGGGGAAAGGAUAAGGAGAAAUCGAAGUCGGAGACAGAAAGUCAUGAGAUAAACACAGAUAAAUUGAAGCAGCAAGGAGCAAAUUGAGAUUUAGAACUACAAUUAUCUGGGCAUUCAAAUCCUAAAGUUCAUGCCAGUAAAUAGAAGCUCCUAUAGGUAUACAGCGAUCUUAUUGACUUUUCGAUCAGCUUAAUUAGGAAAUGAAAAUUUUAGUAAUUCAAUUGGUUGACUAUCUAAACUUUGAUCUUGUUGAUGAAAAUUUAAUUCUUCACCUUAUAAUUGCCUCACCUUCCUCUAUGUAUAGUAAAAGGAUUUUAAAAAAUCAGGUUUAGAGAAAUCUAGCUUACAUGCUUUUUUAU